AGAGCACAUGUAAAGAAACUGAGACGCUUGAAGCCCAGCGAUGUCAGGCGACUAAAGAAUUUACGACCUGCCAUCCUGCAACGGACACAUCAUCUUCAUCUGGAUAUGGCUGCCAGGGCAUUCAGCAAAUUGUUGCCGCAGCUUCUAGGAUUUAUGAGGACAAUCUGUUUUCAGUCAACAUGACUGGGGAUGUGGCAGAUGAAACUCAGCAUUUGUGUGAUUCAGCCAGCUUACCGAAUCAUCCCUCCUUUUCCACACCCUACGGCAUUUCUGGAUCCUGUGCGAGCGUUGUUGAACCUAAAAUAAAAACCAGUCUCGUUCACCAGGAACCUGGGGUUGGGGUGAAUUCAUCUCCUGCCCAACUGCAAGGUUUGAGUGAAGGAAUUAAGAGAACACAUCUGCCAUGGGAGCAUCAAUCCUACACUAUGUCGGUAAGGGGUGACGAAUCAAACAAUUCAGCCAGCUUGGUUUCGUCACGCAGGUCUGGAAAGGCUCCAGGGUUAAAAGCAGUUGAUCUGAAAAGCACCGCCUCGCACAGUAAUCAGGCGAAACCCAAGCAAGCCCCAAGUGUUUCUCACAACAACAAAAAUGGAGGCUCUCAGAGCAAUGGACCCAAGUGUCAAAAAAGAAAGAAGUGUGACAAUUUAACUGGGCCACCUGCAUCAAGCGCAUCGUUGGUUGUUAGCCCCAUAUCUGCACCCACCCUUCACUCAAAUCAAAGCUACUACCCAGAUGUCUUGUUACAGCAGAUCAUGCCAGGUGUCCACCAGGUCGUGGACCAACUUGAAACAGCUAUGGUUGUGACACAGCAGGUAUGGAAAUACUAUUGCUCAAUCUUCAAUUUUCAGCGUUUCCCAUUAAUUUUAGAACUGAAUCGGUGGUCUCCAGUCUACAGCCAAGUGCUUUAAUUUAUUCAACAUUGAGACAUUUUUUAAAAUAAUGUUAUUUGUUUGUGUUAUCGAUAGAUGGAAGAAACUCAAAAAUUCAAUGAGAAUAAUUGCUUAUGAUAUUUGUUGAAUAUUAUUGAAUUAUUUUACAAUUCUUGAUAUUUUAGGUUGGCGAUGGACCAGGGACAUAUAACAUACAGUUAAUGCCCACUGCUCCCCAAGAUGCCAAUCAGAUGUCAGCCAUGACCCAAGUAAUGAAACAUUUCAAUUAAUAUAUUCACUUCAUAUAUUAUUAGGGUUGAAAUGGGUAAAAAGACUUUGAAUUGGUAUGCUUGUAAUUAGUUUUUGUAGUGUUGUGUUUGUUUUAAAUGUGGUAAAUUAUAGAUUUUUUGUUUGUUUGUUGUUUUUUUUUUGUCGACUUUGUACCACGCUUCGAGCCUUGGGGAUGAAGCGUGUUUUUGAAAUAAACUUUAUUAUUAUUUGGAUGAGACACCAUCCAUAUACUUCAUUUAAAGCUCUGAGAAGUGUGGGCUUUAUUGAUAUAAAUGGUCCCCAAACCAACAUAUGAGAAAGUCAUACGUUUUUGCCUCACUAACAAUACUCAAAUUAAAUAAGAUAAAAAUGGUCCGCAAACCAACAUAUGAGAAAGUCAUACGUUUUUGCCUCACUAACAAUACUCAAAUUAAAUAAGAUAAAAAUGGUCCGCAAACCAACAUAUGAGAAAGUCAUACCUUUUUGCCUCACUAACAAUACUCAAAUUAAAUAAGAUAAAAAUGGUCCGCAAACCAACAUAUGAGAAAGUCAUACCUUUUUGCCUCACUAACAAUACUCAAAUUAAAUAAGAUAAAAAUGGUCCGCAAACCAACAUAUGAGAAAGUCAUACGUUUUUGCCUCACUAACAAUACUCAAAUUAAAUAAGAAAAAAUGGUCAGCAAACCAACAUAUGAGAAAGUCAUACGUUUUUGCCUCACUAACAAUACUCAAAUUAAAUAAGAUAUAAAUGGUCCCCAAACCAACAUAUGAGAAAGUCAUACGUUUUUGCCUCACCAGUUUUCAAUACAGCCUGGACCCAAUCUACAGUAUCAGUCAGCUGCUGCACACAUACAAAUUGUCCUUCCAGUGGAUGCUGUCCUGGAGUCCAGUCAGGUCAGAUGGUACUUUACUUAUUUAUAGCAUUAUAAAUGUUUGUUAUUUUUUCCCCCAUUUUACCGCCGAAUGGAAGUUCAGUAAAACCAGUUAAUUUUUUAAUUUGUUUUCGGAACAACAGAAGCUUUCAAAUUUGUUCCUUUUAUCUCACAAUGUUUAAUUUGAGAAAUAUACUAGGUUGUGGGGAUGAUAUGUGGGAAUAGAUUAGUUCUCACAUCAUUGUCACUUUGCUCUGGGAUUGAACAUUUACAAUUACAUCACUUUGCUACGCAUGGUAGUCCUGACACAUUUAAGUUCUGAUGAAAGUACUGUUUUGGGGGUGUAAUAUCAUGACAUUUAGUGGUUGCUUACCAGAGAGUAAAAUUCACUAGAAAUCACGUGGCGCACGAAUACAGAUCAUGAAUUAUAAAGGCGGGAACUGUUUCUUCCACCAUCUUGGUGAGCAUGUAAAAUUGGAGAGUGAUCUUAGAAUGUUCCAAGAAGGAGGUUGUAUGAAUCUAUUGUCCACAGACACUCUUAGAAUUUGAGUAUUGUAAUCAUAUUUUUUAUUCAGUGGAUGAUUACUGAUUGUUUAUUUCACAUUGACCCUGUUGAGUGGAGCUGUACUAUACAUUUAUUCAAGUAUUAUAUGUGAAGUUCUUUGAAUUAAUAAAGUGAUGUGUGUGAAGACCUUGACGUCUUGAGUGAGCAAUAAUAGAUAAUCCUGACCCAAUGACGAGAAGAAAGGUUUCAAUAAGUGUCAUAAAUGUCAGAUUCUACAAUGAUGUCCAAAGUGUCAUCAUAAGUGUCAGACUACAAUGGUGUCCGAAGUGUCAUAAAUGUCAGAAUCUACAAUGGUGUACACAGUGUCAUAAUGUCAGAAUCUACAAUAUAGUAUGAAGUGUCAUAAAUAUCAGAAUCUAUAAUGGUGUCCCAAGUUUACAGGGGGAAAGACUUAGAUUGUCUAAUCCCAUAAGACUCCAUCCAUCUGACAGACAUGAUCUAGUCCAGUGGUUCUCAACUUUCUUAUUGUCAUGACCCUUUAAUACAGUUCCUCGUGUUGUGGCGGCCCCCAGCCACAAACAAUUUUUCGUUGCUACUUCAGAACUGUAGAGUAUAUGUGUUUUCCAAUGAUCUUAGGCGACGCCUGAGAAAUGUUCGUUAGACCCCCAAAGGGGUCGCGACCCACUGGUUGAGAAAUGCUGAUCUGGUGAAGAGAAUUAUCUUUGCUGGAUUUCUUAGUAGAAGUGUGAAAAGACAAUAGAUCAGCAUUAUCCCGGGGCUUAAUUAAUUUUUGUAUUUAAUUUUGUUAAUUGUAUGCAGUGAUUUUGUUUGGACAAGGUGAACCACUGCUGAACGUACAAUUUGUUUCCCUGCAAAAAUGUUAAGAUUAAAAACUUGUUCAAUUUGCAAGGAAGGAUGACUGGAAUAUUCUUACUCUCUUUAUCUCCCAGCCUUCUGACCAAGUUGGGAGUCAGAUGUUCUCAGAGACACUCAACUUCACAGAAUCUCAACUCCUGGACCCAACGGCCCAGCCUGUCAUUACCAACAACAGGACCAUGGUGGCUGGUCAGCUGACUGCAUCACAAUGAGUGGAUGUUGAUUCUCUAGCUUAAUAGUAACAGUGACAUACAUUUCCAAACACACACACGCAGCAAUUUUACCGGUACAGCAAGACAGUUUUCAGGUAAAUAGACUUCCUGAUGGCAGAUAUGAGGGGAAGGGACAUUUGUAUGUCCCCACUCCCUAAACAUUGCUUUUGUUGCUGUAAUUUAAUCAAUUUAACCCACGAACUGUGGUCGGCUGAAAAAAUGGACCGACAUUCUUGUUCUGUACUGGUCCUGUGGCGGCAGAAAAAAUCGGCCGAUAAAAAACACGACCCUAUAGCAACUUCCAAUCCAAUAUUUAACUGGAAUCAUAGCCACUUUCUUUUAUUAAUAAUUAAAUCAACUUCCUGGUCUAGCUUUUUCUUGAAAACUUAUAAGUACCUUUUAAUCUGAAUUUUAUAUCGCUGGUUUUUUUUUUAAAGAUAAAAUGGCUGGGGUCAUUCAGUGCAAGACCUAACAGAAAUAUUUUUGAAAGCUUUUUAGGAGAGGAUUUAAGUGAUACUGAUAAUGAUUUUAACAUUCCCCAUGACGAUCUCAGUUGAGAUUUUUCUUAUCAUGAAUCCGAUACUAGUCUUAGUGAUACUGAAGUGGGCCUACUGUUAGACUUCGAGCCAGGCCUGGAGGUUGGGCAAGGAAUGGCUGAAUUUUAGGCACAGAAGCUACAGAUUAUAGAUCAGAACUAAUAAAUUUUAUAGUUAAACAACCCAAAUAGUUCCACAGUUCCAUUUUAAAUGUUUACUAGUCAAUAAUAACUAUUUUGCCUUAGAUUUUGUAUGUUGUACUUGGUUUUAGCUGUGGUCCCAGUUUCUUAAAUAAAUGACCUAAAAUUACAAAAAUUGCUUUUAGAUAUUUAAUUGUAAUCAAAAACUUUGCAAACUAUACAUUUUCUGAAAGAUAAAUGAAUUGGCUACAACAUUUAAUUGCCGUUUUAAAUGUAUCUAUAAAAAUUAAUGAUGUUAUGAGUACUUGAAAGCAAGACAUUUUGUCGAUUUUUUUUCUUGAGCACUCCAAGGUCAAGGACACAGCAAAAUUUUUUUAUGGGGUGGGCAAUAUGGCCAACUUUAUCCCCAUCCAUUUACCUUUCUAAAAAUAUAUACUUAUUGGGGUCUUGGAUCAAUAUUUCUAUGUCAUUUAAUUUAAUUUCAAAAGUCACUCAAAAAGCUCUGAAAAGCUCCCACACUACAGAGUAAUGCAUGCCACAGUUUGUGGGUUAAGCAUUAGAUAAACUAUCAUAAACCUGACAUUUGUAGUUGAUCUUGGUUGCUGAAUUCUCAAUUUUGUCCACACUGUCUUGUCCUUAAUGUUGACAAAUGUUUCUAUAGUUAGAAAAAAUCUUAGGCUCAAGAUAUGAUGACAAUUCUCUAGGUACCGGGGUACAUGUACAUAUGUAGGUAUAGCUGUAAUGCUGUGAUAAAGAAAUAUCCCAAUAGUUGGUACUAUUGGUAUUCUUAUAAAGUAACUUUUGUAGAUGGGAAGAUCAUCGCAAAUAAACUGAAAUUCUUGUUGAAGUUGAAGAGUUUUUUUGUUGAUGAACAGUUAAUAUUUCCUUGCUGCGAGGAUGUCUUAUCCAGUGUGCUGUGAAGUUCUGAACUUUUGAGGCUAAAGCAUGGUUUCCUGUCUAAUGAUACUGUUGGAUGGCGAAUAGCCGAGACGUCUGAUAAUAUACUGUCUCAGUUGGUCUCAAAGAUUCAGAAUGUGAUUUUCAACUUCUUUGCGAUCCAGUUUGAUGAAAUGAUAGAUGUUGCCAACUAAGCCCAACUUUGCAUCUACUUAAUUAAGAUAUGCAUUUGACAAGCAACUGGAAGAUGAUUUUUUUUGCUUUUCAAAGCUCUCAGUGCCAGAACAACUGCAAAAUAAAUAUUUAACAAAGUGGACAGAUUCUUUGAGGUGCAUUUUAUCAAAUGGUGUUUGGCAUGUGUACUGACGGCACUCCAUACUUGAAUGCCAUUCUGGUUUUCAAACUUUAGUUAAGCAAAAAUCCCCAACCGUUAUUGCAGCGGUUCUCAACCUGUGGGUCGCGACCCUUUUAGUACACACUGCCCUUUUCAUCGCAUGCCUUAAUACUUAAUGUUGAAAACCAUGCAUAAUGAGUUGAAAAAUGCUCUUAGUGAAGUAGUUACAGCGAAUGCACACACAUCUCUUUUGUUUUCUGAGUUAUGAAAAGAAAAUUGUUCCAUAUUUGAAAUGCGCUUGUUGCACUCCCACGUGAAAUGGCUUUCCAAAAGGAAAAGUUUGAAGGGAGUUUUUGUACUAGAACUAUGUGAAGAAAUGCAGCAGUUUUCGCAAGACGCUAAACCAGACAUGAGCCCAAAAUUCUCUGUCAGCUUUGUCCUUGAAUUCCAUCAACAUGGGGCUGCAAGAACAAGAGAUCUCAGUGCUUCAUUGUCAAGAACAAAAGAUCUCAGUGCUUCAUUGUCAUGAAUCAGUGAGACAGAUUUCAGUGGUCUGUCUUUAAAGGGACAAUUUAAUUCAAGAAUAGUUUAAUUUAAAAAGUGAUGGGGGUGCAAAACAUGUUUUCCGUUGCCCAAUCCUGAUAAGAGUUGCACUGGCCAAACCAAAGCCAAACCUAGAAGAACUGGUCACUGCAGAGCAGAUGCAGCCAUCUUAUAAAAUGCACAUUGAAGACUAAGUUUUGCCACUUUCUGAAUAAACAACUGUUUGUCAAAAAAUUUUGGUAACAGUUAAUUAACAAGGGUCAGUGAGCAUUCAAACAAAUUGUAAAGAGACCAUCACUCAAGAAAUCCUUAAAAAGUUUGAGAACCACUGUCUUAAAUACCCGGUAAUUUAUUACAUAUUUUCAUUAAAAAAUUAUGCAUCAUUUUUUUUUUUUACAACUUCUGAGUGUUGAACUUGAAUUUUACAUGUUUAAAAACAAACAUUUAUAGAAGCCUCAUGCAUUUUUCUACAAUUUGAUAUAUAACAAUAACUUAAUUCAUUUCCCCCACAAAUUCAUAUAUAAAAUAAAGUUAUUAAAGUCAUGAUUCUAAAAUUUAUUGACUCCUUAGUAAGCUCACUAGAAAUGUAAGGAAAAAAAACAAAAAAUUCAAGGAAUGAAGAGUUAAUAUCCUGAGCGAUAAUGUAUACAUUCAAAUUUAAUUUGGUACCCAAUGCAUCAUUUGAUUUCUAAUGGCGAGAUAUAUCAGUGCUCAAGGGUGGGCCAACUAAAAUAUUCUAAGUUAAAUUUUUUACAAAGUUAAAGGAUUUGAAUCACAUAAUGUUAAAGUUUCAUUUAACUUUAAAUUGCAAAUACCUUAUUUUUUUAUAUUUUUUAAAAUAUGAUUUUAGCUCUUCAUUCUCUAAAGCAGCGGUUCUCAACCUGUGGGUCGCACGACCCUUUCCCAGGGGUCGCCUAAGACCAUCUGAAACACACAUGCUAUACAGUCACUAAGCAGCAACGAAAAUAAUUUUGUGGCUGGGGGUCGCCACAACAUGAGGAACUGUAAUACAGGGUUUCAGCAUUAAGAAGGUUGAGAACCACUGCCCUAAAGGGAAAACCUCUGUUCUUCAAAAAUAAAUUGGGUUUUUUCUAUCUCCCAAAUCUUGUGCUUGUCCCCAAAAUUUAAUUUUUUUUGUUGCAGAUGGACCCUCCCAACUGACCUGUAAAAUGUGGACUGGCAAGAUUUUAGAAGUUUAGUUGGUCAUUUAUGAUAUUAAAAAUUGUUGAUGUGAUACAAUAUUUACUGUGCCUUGUGCUUUUAAUUCAGGAUUUGUGCAUUUAUUGAUCCUUUUGUUUACAAAUUUUAUCAGAUAUAAUUUAUUGGUGCC